UUUUUUUUUUUUUUUUUUUUUUUUUUUAAAUGCAAAUUUUUCAUUAAGCAACACCAAAAAAUUAUAAGUUAAAAAACUUAAAUAUAUAUAAAUUGUGCACACAGAAAAUUAUAUUUAUUUAUUUAUUUAACUUUUUGUAUUUUUUUUUUUUGUAAACAAAACCAAACAGAAAAAGGCACACACAAACACAACCACAACAAUAACAAUAAUCAUCUCAAAGUGAUGAAUCUCUGAAACGACCGUUCUCUCUGAAUCGAAAAAGAUUUGUACUUUCAGGUGACAGUCAGACAGCACCAUGAGAUUUAGAAAAGGAAGCAAAGUUGAGGUGCUGAGUAAGAAAGAAAUGCCUUCAGGCUCCUGGCAAUGUGCUGAGAUAAUAAGUGGUAAUGGUCACAACUACAAUGUUAGAUAUGAUGGACUAGGGAGUAACACUGUUGUGGAGAGGGUAUCUAGAAAGGACAUUAGGCCUUGCCCACCGUCGUUGGAUGUUUCAGAUGAUUUUCUUUGCGGUGAUGUUGUGGAGUUUUUUCACAAUUUUUCUUGGAAAAUGGCAACAAUUUUAAAAGUUUUAGGAACAAAGUAUGUUUUGCUCAGGCUUGUUGGAUCUUCUCAAGAAUAUAAAGCUACUAAAUUGGACAUCCGAGUCAGACAGUCUUGGCAAGAUGAUCAGUGGAUUGUGAUUGGAAAGGGUUCUAGAAAUUAUGAUAAUGGGAAAGAUAAUGAAAAUUUAACUUUAGAGAAAAAUCAAAAUUCAAGCUUCCAAAAUCAGAAGACAAACAUAAGGAUAAGUUCACGAAUAAUUGGUCACCAAAUUCCAGUUAUGAAAAAACGAAAAUUUCAGGAACCCCAAUUUUCCUCAUCAAAAACACCGAAAAGAGGAUUCUCUUACUGCAAUUCUCAAGCUGAUGUGCACGCGAGAACAUCUCAGAAAUGUAGAGUUGUUGACAAUGGGGGAAUAUGUCACCGAGUGUUUGCUAAGAAUCAUUCUGUAUUAGCUGAACAGGCAGAUGCUGCUUUACCAAGAGAUAUGCAAGGCGAAAAAGAAUUAGCUUCAUUUAACAUCAGAAGAACCUGUCUUCCUGAAGUGAGCUUGGAGAAAAAGCAAAGUGGUAAUGUUGGAUAUUCAGUCGCAGUAAAUAGAGAAUCAGAUGACACUAACAGUAUUGCAAGUUCAGUCGGUAGUUGUAGCAUCAGUAGCAAUAAUUAUUAUUCAUCACCUGGUCGCGUUACUGCAAGUCCUGUAGUGGACCUGAAUUAUAACAAUGCUGAAUCUUUAUGUCAUUCGAGAUAUGAAGAUGGAUACUGUCUCCUUCCAAGAAAUAAUGAAUUGGCUGAUGAGAUCCAUAGGUUAGAGUUGCAUGCUUACCGUUGUACUAUAGAAGUAUUGCAUGCAUCAGGACCUUUAAGUUGGGAACAAGAAGAAUUGAUGACUAAUCUCCGACUUUCACUCCAUAUAUCAAAUGAUGAACAUUUGCUGGAAAUCAGAAACUUGGUUUCGGCAGAUACCAGCGUACAACUUAGAUGACAGAAAAUAUCUUUGCCUUGAAAUUUUUCAUAUAGCUGUAGAAUGUGAUUAGUAUUUUCUCCAGCAACUUGCUGCACUGUAAGAAAAUGGAUAGAAGUUUUCCCUUUAAUGCUUAUAAAUUACUCUGGUGAAUUUGAAAAAUACAUGUUACUGUUCUUUUCUUUGUUAAAUAUAAUUUAUCUUCUUUUCUGUCA